UUAAAAAACUACGAUGCCUGCCUCAUGCUCCACAAAUUGUGGAAAAAACGCUAUUCUAAAGAGACCAAAAACUGGUGAUACAUUGUGCAAAGACUGUUUCUUCUUAGCAUUUGAAACAGAGAUUCAUGACACUAUUAUCAAUGGUAAACUGUUUAAGCCCGGUGACAAAGUUGCUAUUGGAGCAUCUGGUGGAAAAGAUUCAACAGUACUUGCAUAUAUUUUAAAGACUUUAAAUGAAAGAUACAAAUAUAAAUUGGAUCUGUUUCUUUUAUCCAUUGAUGAAGGAAUUACUGGAUAUAGAGAUGACAGUUUGAAAACUGUAAUGCAAAAUAGAGAUGAUUAUAGUAUUCCGCUUAAAAUUUUGUCAUAUAAGGAAUUGUAUGGAUGGACAAUGGAUGCUAUUGUUGCAGAGAUUGGUCGUAAAAAUAAUUGCACAUUUUGCGGUGUUUUUCGAAGACAAGCAUUAGAUAGAGGAGCUGCACUAUUAGGAGUAGAUUGCAUUGCAACAGGUCAUAACGCGGAUGAUAUCGCAGAAACUGUGUUAAUGAAUGUCCUGAGAGGUGAUAUUGCUAGAUUACAGAGAUGCACAUCUGUAAUAACUGCAGGUGCAGAUUCCAUUAUGAGAUGUAAACCACUAAAAUAUGCAUAUGAAAAAGAAAUUGUUAUGUAUGCAUAUUUUAAGCAUUUGGUAUAUUUUUCCACUGAAUGCAUAUAUGCUCCGAAUGCUUACAGAGGUUAUGCAAGAGCUUUCCUAAAAGAUUUAGAGAAAAUAAGACCUUCAACUAUUAUAGAUAUAAUACAUUCAGGUGAACAGUUACAAGUAAAAGAUAAUAUAAAAAUGCCAGAGAGAAGAAAUUGUACUCGAUGUGGAUUUGUUUCAAGUCAAGAAAUAUGUAAAGCUUGUGUUUUGUUAGAAGGCUUGAAUAGAGGACUGCCAAAACUUGGUAUUGGCAAAUGUAGUAAAGCUAAAAAGAUUAUGAAUUUGGAUACAAACAACACAGAUAAAAGAAACAGAUUGCAAAUUGGUCAUUCAACUACAUGUCAUAUUUGAGGUAAGUUAAUAUAUUUAUCAUAUACGUUUCCUUUAAAAACUUUAUACUAACAAUUCAUUCAUAAAGAUACUCGUUAAACAUUAAAUUACUCAUUUUCUCGAAAUCAUUAGCUCUUAUA